AUGUCUACCAACGCAGGGCCUGUGUAUGCCGGUGACGAAAUCAACGCUCUUGUGUUGGAUCCGGGAACAUAUACUACCCGCAUAGGCUACUCUGGUGAUGAUUUCCCCAAAACAAUCGUUCCCUCGUUAUACGCCAAAGAUGAAGACAACUCAAUACACUUUGAUGCGUCACUAGAUUAUGCCAAAACUAAGCGUCAAGUAUUGCCUAUACUCAAAGAUAGUCUUAUUGAAGACUGGGAGGGCGCGGUGGCUCAAUAUCGCCAUUAUUUUGAUGAUGUGUUGAAAGUGGACUAUGAAGAACAACCUAUCUUGAUCACAGAGCCUGUCUGGGGAACUACGGAGUACAGACAAAAAUUAAUUGAGACUUUCUAUGAAGAAUUCAAUUUCCCAGCUCUAUAUUUGGCGAAGACGCCGUCCUGUGUUUCUUUUCAACAGGGACGUCUGACGUGUUUGGUCGUAGACAUUGGUCAUGACUCGGUGAGUGUAACACCCGUGGUAGAUGGUAUCUGCUUGCUUCGAAACCUGAUGAAGACACACUAUGCUGGCCUGUUUUUGAACGACCAGAUCAAGGAUACCUUGGUAUCUUCGUUCUCGAAGUUAGACCUUUCUCCAACUUAUAAGAUUAAAACCAAAACGGCAGUUGAGUACCCCCUGGCAGCUCAAUAUGUAGCUCGUGAUUUACCUGAAAGUAUAACCGAGUCCUAUGAUCAAACGCAACAACGCAGAAUAUUCACUGAGGCUAAGGAGCUUUUGUUGGAAACGCCCGAGAAAAGACUUAAUUCUUCAAAUGCACAGCAAGCAGCAGCUUACAAGGAAGAGUUGAAGAAAGAAGAGAACGAGAGAACUAUGGAGGCUCCUCUGGGGCAAGUAUUUAAUACUUGCCUAGAAAGAUUUGCCUGGGCAGAUCUGUUAUUUGAUCCUGCUAGUUAUCCGUUCAAAGAUCAAAGUUUAGCUGAUAAGUACUUGCCUAAUAGCGGAGAGCUCUCAUUGAGCAGUCCAUAUGAUGACUAUAGACCAAUCAAAAGAGCUCGCAAAGGCGAAACAGGACCAGCAACCCCCACUCCAGCACCAGACAGUGCCGAUCCAAACAAGAUCAGAGGAUUGUCGCAACUCGUCAAUCAUGCUAUAUCCAACAUUGACAUAGACUUGCGUACAGCCAUUGCAAGUACUAUUAUCGUCACAGGAGGUUCAUCCAUGAUUCCUCAAUUGAAUGAUCGCUUGAACGCCGAAUUGCUGAGUGCGAACCCAGCUCUAAAAAUCAAAAUUCACGCAAGCGGAACCUCCCUCGAAAGAACAACGCAGGCGUGGAUGGGAGGCAGUGUUCUAGCUUCAUUAGGUACAUUCCAUCAGAUGUGGGUCAGCAAGGCCGAGUACGAGGAAGCGGGUGCGGAGAGAAUACUUACACAACGAUUCCGUUAA